CCUGCCGGUGUAACCUUGCUGGUAUAAACUAAGGUUAACUAGCAAAUAACCACACUCAUUGUGCCCGACACUACUCGAUUAUAUCUUCAAGACCCCUCGGACCUCAAUCUUUUCCCAAACCCUUCUUCUCUACCUAAAAAGGACAUCGUUUUACACAAUGGCACCUGACACGAAGGAAUAUGAUGUGCUUCAGCGCCAGUCUACUGAGUGGAGCGAUGAAGAGCCAGAAUCUUCUUCUUCAACACGUCAUGUUAACCCCUGGAAAUCAUCUAUCACAUUAGUUACAGCCAUUUUUCUAGCCUUCUCGCUGGCGGUCAACGUGUUGUUAAGUAUGCGGCCCUUCCUAACUUCAACAUCACAAGGAGAUUGUCGUUCAGAAUUCGCUGGGCUGCAGCGUGAUGUUCCGGUCCAAAUCUAUCAAUCUACCGAAUAUACUUCCGAUAAUAUCACUGCCGUUACUGAGCUAUGGGAGAGACUUAGUGGCGAUCCUGGAGUAGUAGCGCUAUCUCAGAAUUAUGUUCAGGAGAAGCGGCUACCUCAUGCUCUUCGGUUUCCUUGGGAUGAAGAUAAAGGAGUAUACUUGCUACAGGGGUUCCAUGACCUCCAUUGCCUGCGUACUUUGUUUCGUUAUGUCAUGUAUACAGAUCUUGGCCUGCCACAACGUAUUGCUGUAUCACACGCCCUUCACUGCCUGGACCAAUUGCGUCAAGAGGUGGUAUGUAAUGCUAAUGACGCACCACGAUACGCCGGUUUCCAAGACCCACCUGGUACUGGUGCUGGUCAGGUGAGGAUGUGCAGAGACUGGCACAAGUUGGAGAAGUGGGCAUUAGAACGUACCGCUUGUUUCAAGCAUGAGGAUGAAGUUCCGGGUCCGAUGAUUGAGAGGUUUAAGUCAUGUCCUGAUGGACGUAUACUAUGGCCAAGCCGCGACGCCACUGAUUCGGAUGGCGCUUAG